AUGCGAGUGGGCCCCAACCCUUUGGCAAGGGUGGAGUGGGCACGGGAGCCACCCGUGCAGUUGACAUACGUGUGUAUGCAACCUUUUAAUGGGACCCAUUUUUGCGCGAGUGGGGAUGCCGUCGACAAAGAGGGGUGCCAGCCCCUCCUCGACGAUCGCAUCCGCUACUCGUCCCGGGGACGCAACCGACAAGAACGGGGAGCCAGCCCCUCCUCGACGAUCACACCCGCCGCCCAUCCCAGCAGAGACGGCCAACAAAGAAGGCGGCCAGGCCCUGUUCGAAGGUUGCGUCCAGCCGCUCGUCCCGGGUACACAAUCUACAAGAAGGGAGGCCAGCCCCUCCUCAACGAUCGCUUCCAGACGCUCGCACCUGUAAAGAAAGAAGAAGAAAAAAGAGGAGAAGGCCUCGAGCCUCUCCUCGACGAUCGGUUCCCGCCGCUCGUCCCUGUCUGA